AUGAACCAGAGCCAGGCCACGCUGUCAGCCGUAACCGAUGGACGACAGCGUGAGAAAGACGCUGUCAGCGAUCCCCCACAGCCGCUAGAAGGCGAAACGGAAACCCCGACAGAGAACUAUGAUCCCAAUCACCACCAAAGUUAUUAUUAUUACGAGCCUUCUGAUGGAAACUACUAUUAUUAUUCCCCACAAGACGGGAUAGCAAACGAGGUGGUCCAAGACUCAGGUGAGAUUCCUGUUACCGCGGAAAAUCUCAUUCGUUCCUAUGAAUUUGAGGAUUGGGAACCACAGUCGUACAAUUGGUUCGCUGACAUAGUUUUAGGUAUUUUUAUGUCAUUAGAGUUCCGACUGUAUUUUUUCUUCCUACUUUACUGCGCUGGGAGUUUGCUUUUUGUUCUCUCCCUAAACUGGACGUUUGAGGUGCUUUUUAGGAUGCAUGUCUCGUCAUCUGGUACACAAUUUGACCCUUCAUUUCUAUUGGGCUUUUUUGUCAUGUUUCUGUUCUUGAGCUUUACUUUGGUAACGUUUUUCUGUACUUGGAUGGAUAUGCUUCGGGGCCUAAAACAGGUGGGACGCGAAGACAUUAUCUUUUGGGGAAUGUCGCAUUAUUCUGGAAAAAGGCCACCCUAUGUUAUCUACUUUGUAAUUGUUAUUGCAACAACUUUACUUCCGUUUCUAUGGGGCGUCAUUGCAUCUGCCUCAGCCGGACAGUCAAUUUUAUUUUUUGCUCAGUUGUAUUCAUUUAUUUCAAUCAUUGUUAGCAUGUUUCUCAUUCUGCUUUGUUACGUUUGGUUUUAUUGGUGCGCACUGAAAUGCAAGUGCAUGGCGUUUAAGAGACGUAUGGAACGGGACGAAUUUAUCCUAUGGGAAAAGGCUUCAAAACAUAAUGGUUUGCGAACCGUAACAAAACGCUGGUAUCAUGCCUCGACCGUUUUGGAGGAGUUUGGCCUAGAUGGGGAAAGUUUGCGUUGGAAUGCAAUUGUAUUUACCUUUGGCUACGUGCCGCUACUCAGCCUUUACAUGGCUCAGGCACUGCGAAGUUACAUUGGUAACUCGCAGGUUACGUGGGGUGCCAUCUUUAGUAUUACACUCACAUGUGUCUAUGUCGUUUCGUGGAUGACACUGCUUCGUCGGAAGGCUCAAUGGUAUGUGUAUGUAUCUUUAUUUCUCGUCUCGAUUUUGGUAUUGGUUGGUGUGGUGUGUGGUGGCCUGUUGGCCUCCAAAGAGUUAGUGCUUGUGAUUAUUGUCUUGUUUAUUACCUCACAUGGCAUGCUUGCCCGAAAAAGGCCGCAUAAACUAACCAGAAAAGAACAAUGCGCUCUUUUUCAGCUUCCGUUGGAUCCAGAGAUACAACACGAUGCUCAGAGACGUAGUUUUGACACGCAUCUGCUCUGCUGCCGAGAUGCCAUCCUAGGCUGUCUGAAGUGUUUUGAUGUAAAGACCUUUUUUGGUUAUCGCCAUCCUGAUAUUGUCCGUGCAGAACGUCAAUAUGCGUCAUAUAAUGUUUCCAUCCUAACGGAUCAAAAAGUGCUUUUGUAUUGGUGGCUAAUUGUUAUGUUUGCGUUGGCCUUUGUCAUUGCUCUCGGGAACACCAUGGUGUAUCGCUUCAUAGGCAAUAUUGCUAUGAAGAGCAACCCCAUCGUUGGUGAAAAUUCAACGUUGCUUCUUUGUAAUAUAAGAUACAACAAAAAUGGUUCGGCGCCGCUCGGAAUUUAUGACCUAUCUCUUUUGGCUGCACUUUCCUACACUGUGGCGGGAUACGGCGACGCUGACUUUGUGAGUUGGUUUUCGCAGUAUCCUGAACUUAUCCGUCGGUAUCCCGUCCGCCUUCAGCCCAAUUGGGAUUAUGCGACGAGUGGUGUGGCCAUUCCGUUUUCGGACUACACAGAUUUGCAAAGUGACUACCACUUUGUGACAUUGAAUUCCAACAAUAGGGGAUUGUCUCUCAUGCGCAACGUGGAUGAGUGGGGGACCUCCAUGGCUGUUCAAUUAGCUGGGGUAAUAUCGCCUCUCAUCAGCAUUUGGCCUGAGGCUUAUCGAGCCAAAUUUGUUUACGGUGCCGCUUUUUUAUCAAGAUGGUUUCCAAGCAUUGAUGCUCUCAAAGAUGUCUCGGAGUAUAUUGAUGGCUUGAUUGCUGAUGGGAAAAAAGAUCGUAUUUUACUUAUCGGUGAUCAGUUUAACGGGGGAUACGCCAAAAUUCUUUCCUCCAGAUUGGGUUUGCCCUUUGUUGCAUUUAACCCCCCCGGGGCUAAAUACAAAUUGCCUUCAGUAGUCGAGGGAGUGCAGAUUUUUUUUACCCAUGGGAUUCUUUCCUACGUUGAUUCUCUUGAAGACACCUUGACCACCUUGUGUCUGGAGUGUGACGCUGAUUAUUCUUCUAUCCGCUGCAGUAGAAUUGAGACCACUAUUGAGGUGAUUAGCAACCUGUGUGGUGAUCCCUACGGACGAAGAAUGAAGUAG